CGGUGCGGACGUCGGGCAGCAUGUCGGCCUUGUGUUGGACCCGCGGCGCGACCGGGUUUCGCCGGACGCUGCGGUACUCCGGCCGCACCCGCCCUGCGGCCCUGGAAGGGACCAUGACUGCCCUUGGAGGCCCCAGAAGGAGUUCAUCUGCCAGCCCACGUGAGCUAGACCGCAGGAAGGACUGGGGCCUCGCAGAGCUGCUGGAAGUGCUGGAGGCGCGGGUGCGGCAGCUGCAGGCUGAGAGCCUGUCUGAGGUGACCGUGAAUCGGGUGGAGGUGGCCCAGGUCCCCACAGCCCAGGCUGUGUGGGAACAGAAGCUCAAACGGGAAAAGCAGAAUCAGCAGAAGCGCCAGCCUCAGAUAGAGAAGUGGCUGAAGAAACAGACCCAAAAGCAGGCGUACAAGCUGAAACACCCGGGCCUGCUCCUGGAGCCCCAGUUCCAGAGCCAGCAGCUGAUCAACUGCUUGGACAACAAGAAGGUUCAUAGCCCCUGGGAAGAGAAGCUGGAAAAGGUGCUACAGCAGGUUCCACAGAAGCUGAGCGUAGAGACCCAAGCCCCACCGGCCAUCGAGGAGGAGGAGGAGGAUGAAAAGCAGGUGUCCGGCCGGCCGCAGAACAUGCUGUCCUUCCUGCAGGGCUGCCUAUCUGCCGACCAGCUGCCCCUAGCCCACCACAUGCUGGUCACUCAGCACUCAGCACUCCAGCGCCGGAAGCAUCCACCGCUCACACUCGCCAUGUACAACGUGGUCAUGCUUGGCUGGGCCCGCAAGGGCUCCUUCAAGGAGCUGGUGUAUGUGUUCUUCAUGGUGAAAGACGCCGGCCUCACUCCAGACCUGCAGUCCUAUGCAGCUGCCCUCCAGUGCAUGGGGAGGGUGGACCAGGACGCCCACACCAUCAAAAGGUGUGUGAAGCAGAUGGCCCGGGACGGGCUGCAGCUGGAGCAGCUCUUCACAGACCUGUCCAUGUCCUCCGAGGAGCGCGCCGCCAUCCUGCGCGCUGUGCUCAAGGCUCAGCCUGACUUCCGUGUCCCACAGCGCCCACCCCAGGUCAACACGUCCACGCUGCUCAGCGACAUCUAUGCCCCGGAAGGACUCAAGCUGUACCCAAAGCUGCACUGACCCUAAAAAACGAUGCAGGACCUCUUCAAGGACCAGCUGCACCUGGAAAUGCAGGCCACCAUCUCUGUGGAGUCUGUGGAGAAGCCCCCAACGCUGACCGAGCAGGUCUUAAAGGCGCGGAAGACCCUGAACGCCCUGCGCACCCAGUGGAAGGCCGCACUGCUGCGAGUACUGCAGGAGACCAAGACCCGCAUGGGCUGCGAGGCGCACCAGGGUCAGCCCUCGCUCUACCCCUUCCUGUCGCUGCUCAGCGAGAAGGACCUGGUGGAGCUGCUCAUGCAGACUUUGCAGACAUUGCCCUCCCAGGGCGAGUCACUCAUGUUCAUGGCCCACAACCUGAGCAUGCACCUCUUCAACCGGCAUGCUGUGCAGCAGAAGAAACUCAGCAAUGAGUUGCAGCAUCUGGAGCGGCGGUACAUGCAGUAUGUACGCCUGCUGGCCUCUGAUGCCCAGGUGGACACACCCUGCCUACCUCGGCAGCACUGGGAGGCACUGGGGGAAAAUGACGAGGCACCACAGCAGUCCUGGCCUGUGCCACUGAUCCUGAAGCUGGGCAAACAUCUGGUCGAGAUGAUGGUGCAGGCUCUGGAGAUGCCCCACAACCUGGCCACCAGCCAGGGCUCCCACAAGCUCAUCCCCGUGCUAUACCACGUCUACUCCUUCCGGAGCUUCCGCCAGAUUGGCAUUGUGAAGCCACACCCGGCCUACACGCAGCUGCUGGCCACCGCUGCGGAGACCACACUGACCUUUGAGUCAGCCCACAUGCCCAUGCUGUGCCCCCCACUGCCCUGGACCUCCUCGAACACGGGCGCCUUCCUGCUGAGCCACACCAAGCUGAUGCGUGGCGUGGACAGCAACAUGGAGCACCAGCGCCUGCAUAACUGCCCCACUGCCGAGCUGCAUGGUGCGCUUGACUCUCUCACUCAGCUGGGGAACUGCGCCUGGUGCGUCAACGGGCGCCUGCUGGACCUGGUGCUCCAGGUCUUCCGGGACAAGGGCAGUGUCCGCCUGGGUGUGCCGCCGCCCAUCUCGGAGGCGCCCCAGCCACCAACCGUGCUGCCGCCCCACGUGUCCCUCAUUCAGAAGGCCGACAUCCGGCGGGAGCUGCUGCACUGCCAGAAGGUGACACGCGAGAUGCACAGCAUGCGCAUGGAGGCCCUGUACCGCCUCUCGCUGGCCCAGCACCUGCGGGGCCGUAUCUUCUGGCUACCCCACAACAUGGACUUCCGCGGCCGCACCUACCCCUGCCCACCUCACUUCAACCACCUGGGCAGCGACCUGGCCCGGGCCCUGCUGCAGUUCGCCGAAGGCCGCCCCCUGGGUCCCCACGGCCUUGACUGGCUCAAGAUCCAUCUGAUCAACCUCACCGGCUUCAAGAAGCGGGACUCGCUCAAGACCCGCCUGGCCUUUGCCAACCAGAUGAUGGACGACAUUCUGGACUCUGCAGACCAGCCCAUGACGGGCAGGAAAUGGUGGAUGGAGGCUGAUGAGCCCUGGCAGACUCUGGCCUGCUGCAUGGAGGUAGCGCAGGCCGUGCGCUCCCCCGACCCUGCUGCCUUUGUUUCCCACCUGCCUGUUCACCAGGACGGCUCCUGCAAUGGUCUACAGCAUUACACUGCCCUGGGCCGAGACAGCAUCGGUGCCGCCUCCGUCAACCUGUUACCCUCGGACCUGCCACAAGAUGUGUACAGUGAGGUGGCUGCGCAGGUGGAGGUGUUCCGCAUGCAGGACGUGAAGAAGGGCGAUCCCAUGGCGCAGCUGCUGGAGGGCUUCAUCAGCCGCAAAGUCGUGAAGCAGACAGUGAUGACGGUGGUGUACGGCGUCACCCGCUACGGCGGCCGACUCCAGAUUGAGAAGCGCCUCCGGGAGCUGAGCAACUUCCCCCAGGAUUACGUUUGGGAGGCCUCGCACUACCUGGUUCGCCUGGUCUUCAAGAGCCUGCAGGAGAUGUUCUCAGGUACCCGGGCCAUCCAGCAAUGGCUGAGCGAGAGCGCACGCCUCAUCGCACAGGCAGGCCAUGCCGUGGAGUGGGUCACCCCCCUUGGCGUCCCUGUCAUCCAGCCCUACUACCAGGACACCAAGUACCAGGUCCACGGCGGGAUUCAGAGCAUCACCUGCACCACCACUGUGAACAGCAACCAGAAACCCAACACACUGAAGCAGAGGAAUGGCUUCCCCCCCAACUUCAUCCAUUCGCUGGACUCUACCCACAUGAUGCUCACAGCGCUGCACUGCUACAGGAAGGGGCUGACCUUCGUCUCUGUGCACGACUGCUUCUGGACGCACGCGGCUGACAUCCCCGUCAUGAACCAGGUGUGCCGUGAGCAGUUCAUCAAACUGCACAGCCAGCCCAUCCUGCAGGACCUGUCCGCCUACCUUCUGAAGCGCUUCUGCAACCCCGACAUCUGGUCCCACAAGUCCUCGGAUCAAGCCUUGCUGUCCCAGCUGCAGGGCUGGCUGAAGUCCGUGCCCCAGACCGGAGACUUCGACCUGGAGCAGGUGAAGCACUCCAAGUACUUCUUCAGUUGACUGCCCCGCUCUGCUCUGCCCCGCCCCGCC